AUGGGUCCGCAGCGUGCCUAUUUAGACCGCGAUCUACGUGUGAAAUGGUUGCUCGUCUGGAAAUACCAGGACGAAAAUCGUGUCUCGGACGCCCUGCUAUACUUCGAAAUCGCCGGCUUACGGGUCUCUGUCUCAAUAUUCACUGCUAUUUACUUCAAAAUGAACAACCAUCAUGACGAUACCGCACAUUCUCAGGAAGAUGACAGUGAAACCCUUAUGAAAGGCCAGUACGAGGCUAUGCUGAGCUCGCAGCAACGUAGGCGACUAAAGGUCAAGCGUCGUCGUCUGAACGUUUUCACCUCCAUUUGCUCCAUCUUUACGGGGGUUGCUACGGGCGUGAUGUUGAUUCUCCUGCUGAUGGUGCUCUGGCACCAGCUCAGCGCUAAGGGCGGCAUGAAGUGCAAGGACAUCCCAGACCAUCCCAUCACAGAAGAGGAGAUGAAGGCGACUUGGAAGGGAUGCGGCAGCAAUUCAGCUGAGGCGCGCAAAAAAGGCUGCAUGUACGAUGUCAUGUUGGGAGGUUGGAUUCAUGCAGACUGUUAUGCCUCGGAUCUGAUGGAGAAAUACAUUGCGCGCGGAAACUACAGCUGGUUCCGAGACCAAAGUCUCACUAUCCCUAUGACAGAUGAGGAAGUGCGCCGUGGAGACCACGAUGUAAUAUGGACUCGCAAGUUCUUCCACUACGCUCACUGUGCCUAUCUCUGGGAAAUGCAAAUGCGGGCGUAUAGAGAGGGAAAACCAAUUGAACAUGGAAUUUUCCUAGAAGAGCAUACCAUCCAUUGCGCAGGCAUACUUUUACAGCAGGAUACCCUAGCCACCAAUGCCACCUCUAUUCACACCGGAUUCGAGUGGUGUGGGUUGCCUUGGAGGUAA